AUGACGGCCGAUCACCAUCUCCCCCGUCGCGUCGGGCCGCUCGGCUCUGUCACUGCCAAGUCUGUGCCAUCCAUCUCCGAGAAGCAGCAGCAUCAUGCCGGUCAUGACAGUGUUGAUGCCCACGAUGCAACCAUCUUCUGGCGGGAUCAGUUCCGUCGCCUCGCAGCCUCGCAGCCGGUGCUGCAUGGCUUCCCCUUGGAGCACAGCUGGCCCCGCUCCGAGACUGCCAUUGUCGUCCCGGACGGCCUGCUCGAGCAGGCCGUUCAGCUAUGCAGCCGCUUCAAGUUACGCCUCGACGACUUGCUGUAUGCAACUUGGGCCAUUGUCGCUGCCCAGCAUACAAUCUCACCCGCAGGAGAAACUGCCGUGGUGUUCACCAUCCCAGGUCGCAGGACUACCCUCGAUGCACAAGGUGCCGACGCUGAUGAAGAUGCACACGAUUUACCGCUUGUUGUAUCCGUCUCUCAAGAUGCAUCGAUUCUGUCACAUAUCCGCCAUGUGGCCGACGUGGCGGACCAAUCCGCAGCGAAUAGGGUUCUCGGCCAUGACGAGAUCCUUCGACUCGCUGACGCCUCCCGACCACAGGUCAAGCUCCGCGUAGACUGCAAAGACCCGGCGCUCGCACACAACAGUGUCAUGUCUACUGACGACAAGUUCCCGCUCGUCAUCAAUAUUUGCACAUCGCCGCUCUUCAAGUUGAGCAUGCGCCAUGACGCAGGACUCGCCAAACUUGAUGCGCGCCUACUCCUCGAGCACUUUGUCGCCGCUCUGGAACAUGUUGCCCGGAACGUCAAGUCUAAGCUCUCUGCCGUGCGUAUGAUUUCACCCGUCGAGGAGUUCCUUCUACACGAAUACGCAAAGGCCGCCGUACCUGCACAAACAGGCCUUUUGCACCAGCUCAUAGAGACACAGGCGCUGCGCACACCCAACGCAGAUGCUGUGCAAUUCGAAAAUGACGAACCAGUGUCCUAUCUUACAUUAAAUCAGCACGCGAAUCAACUUGCGCGACAUCUGCUGCAAUAUAGACCUCGUUUUGUGGCCGUGCACAUGCGCACAUCCAUCAACUUGAUAAUCUCCCUUUUCGCCAUCCUAAAAGCUGGCGCUGCAUACGUCAUUCUCGAUGUCGACGCUGCGCACUCGCGCAAGGCCAUGAUGGUUGAGGACGUCGCGGCUGACUUUGUUCUUGUGGACGAAGAAACACGCGGACAGUUCCCUGCUGAAUACGAAAUUAACCAAAUCAGCACGCUAUCCCACCAGCACAACACCAGCAACCUCUUCCUUGUCCAGCAGCAAACUGAUGUUGCCUACGCCAUCUACACGUCUGGCUCGACUGGUCGACCCAAAGCAGCCCGUCUAGACCACCGGGCCGCGUACAAUGGCCUCGCGUGCUUUCCCCGUGUUGAGGGUCUACGCCAGCUGCUCUUCUUCAACCCUGUAUUCUCAGCCGCGCAGCGAUCUAUAUGGGCAACUCUCACUGUGGGCGGCUGCCUUUGCCUGGCAGAAAAGAGGAGCUUCACCGUGAAUCUGGCCGACACGAUACAGAGGAUGGCCAUCAGCUCGAUAGACAUGACGUCCACGACGGCGGCGCUCAUCACGCCCGACCAGGUGCCAACGCUGAGACGCAUGGUGCUUGGCGGCGAGCUGGUCAGCCCCGCGGUGGUCGAGACCUGGGGGCACAGGGUCCAGCUAUACUCGUCAUACGGCCUGAGCGAGUGCACUCAACUCAACUGGCGACACAGGCUACACUCGGAUGCUGGUUCUAGCGCGCGCGUCAUCGGCAUGCCAUACGACACGACGACGUCGUAUAUUGUUGACCCCAAUACAAUGGAGCUGUCGCCACUGCUUGUCCCCGGCGAGCUGUGCCUCGGUGGUGCGCAAGUUGCCAGUGGCUACCUCAACGCGGCAGAGGAGACGGCCAAACGCUUUGUCGCAAAUCCUUUUGGCGAUGGAAAAAUAUAUCGAACAGGAGACAUGGCGGUGCGCCACGCCGAUGGGUCGGUUGAGCUGGUUGGCCGCAUCGACUUCCAAGCCAAGAUCAACGGCCAGAGAGUUGACCCCGCCGAGCCAAACUCGUUUCUUCAGAAGCAUGAGUCUGUCAAGCAUUCUGCUGUCGUGCCUUGCAUAAUCAACAACAAAACUGUUCUUGUUGCUGCAGUCGUGACGACCGAGGAUAAAACUGCGUGGCCCGACACGGUGCGUACGCUGCGCUCGUAUCUUGCCGAGCAACUGCCCGGAUACAUGAUGCCGACUUUCUGGGUUCCCAUGGACAAGCUUCCACUGAAUGCCAACGACAAGGUGGAUGUAAUCGGAAUAAGAAACAUGGUGGAGGAGUCUGCACGUGCGGGGACACUCGAACGUGGUGCUGGCGCAAAGCAGGCUCACGAUGCCGUAUUUAGCCAUGCAGAGGCUGUUAUUCGCGCCCUCUGGUCGGAACUUUUGUCACUUCCACUAGAAGCGGUAAACCUUCAAGAUUCCUUCGUUUCGCUCGGCGGUACGUCGCUCGAGGCCAUUCAGGUCGUGUCGCGUCUGCAAUCGCAACAUGGCCUCACCAUGGCAGUGGAAGACAUGGUGUUGGAUCAUACCCUAGCCGAGGUUGCCCAGCUCGCUCGACAGGAGGCGGUAUCUACAGGCUCACAGGCUCCCGCGCCAUUUAGCCUGCUCAGACAGACGCCGUCCGCGGAGCUCCUGGGAAUCAAGGUCACCGAGGUGGAAGAUGCGUUCCCAGUCACUGCGCUCCAGGAGGCUGUUAUUGCCAAUGCCAUCCUAGGCGGCACAACUUAUGUUUACAGCCGCUCCUAUGGUUUCCGUGGAUACAGCGAGCAGGAAGUCACUCGUGGCCUGCAGUCCCUGAUGGAGUCGCAGCCGCUGUUACGGACUACUUUUGUCCCCCGCGGCACGUCUUUUGUGCAAGUCAUCAAAAAGACGGCGAUGCUUCCGCUGAUCGCCACCGAUAUCGACGCUGAAACAUACAUUAGGGACACGACGACGCAUAUCAUGCGCGCAGGAGAACUCUGGUGGCAGGCUGCCAUCCUCCCCGGCCAGGUCCUGGUCAUCACCAGCCACCACGCCCUCUUUGACUACUGGUCCAACCAGUUCAUCCCACAGGAUCUGUCGUCAAUACUUGUUGGAGGAGCCCCCGUGAUGCGAGGUAAAUUUAGCAGCUACGUCAAGCAUCUGCAGUCACAAGACGUUGCAGCCGCAAAGGAGUUUUGGAAGAGCCAUCUAGACGGAGCGCGCUCCGAGUCCUUGGGCCACCGCACACCCGUUGAAAGCACGGUGACGGCGUUGCUGGGGAUGGACUUGAAAAAGACGGCAUCCAACCUAAAAAUCACGCCGAGUGUCUUGCUUUACGCCACAUGGUCUCUCGUCCUCUCGUCCGUGCAGUCCACCGAUGAUGUCGUCAUGGGUGUUACUCUGUCUGGUAGAGAUGCACCUGUCCCAGGCAUCCUGGAAAUGGCCGGACCAACACUGAUGAUUGCGCCUCUGCGCGUGCGAGUUGAUAGCACCAGCUCUUUUGCCUCGCACAGUGCUCACGUCCAGCGAAAUCUCUGGGAUGUUGCCGCACACGCUCAUGUCGGUCUGCGCACGAUUUUCAACGUCACCGGCCAGUCCCGCGACCUGUUUGAUUCCAUGGUCAAUUUCUUGAUCAAAGUCCCGCACCCCAGCACGACUGGUGGCCUCUACGAGUUGCCUUUUAUGAAUCUCGGUGAGGUAGAGCAUGCCAAACUUGAGUUGAACAAUGAGACCCCGGAUCGGAUCACGCUGGCUUCUACAUUGGAAAGCGGCUUUGCGCAGAGCUUGGUUGACCUGGUAGUUCAUGUACUUCAAAGGGGUGCCGAGACGCCAAACACUUCUGUCAAGGAGCUGUUACCGAUGACAGCCCUUUCCGAGCCUGAGCUGCCUAGUUCUGAAAUGUCGCGUGUCGUUACGCCAGCAUCGACCGUCGUACAUGAUGCGGCGCCAUCACUCACCUCGGAUGACGAGAUAAUGCUCGACCAAUCGUGGCCAUACACGUCUCCCGAUCUCGGCUUCUCUGCCGUUAUGCGCAUGGCAGCCUUGCACCCGUCACGCAUCGCGGUCCGUGACCUUUCUGGAGAAGACAUCACGUAUGCAGGUCUCGCAAUCAAAAUCCAUCAGUUCGCUGGUAUCCUUCGCUCCCAGCGCAUUAAGCUCGAACAGGUCAUCCCGAUGCUCAUGGAAAAAUCCAUCAACACAAUUAUUUCCAUUUUCGGCAUCCUCGUCGCUGGCGGUGCUCUGCUACCCCUUGGCCCAGAAAACCCUAGAGAUCGCAACGUCGGCAUACUCGAUGACUGUGAAGCAACUCACGUCAUCACCGACAGCCUGAAUAAGUCCUUUUUUGACAACCUCCCAUACAAGGCUAUUGUUAUGGACGAUAUUGACUGGGACAGUCUGCCCAUUCAACGCCCCAUCACACCUGGCUUGAACCCGGACUCGCUUGCCUACGUCAUCUACACCUCUGGGAGCACCGGCAAGCCAAAGGGAACGCUCAUUACCCAUGGGGCGCUAGCGGCUGCGACUGAGGGCAUCAUUGACACGACAAAUCUGAGGGACAAUCCGUUUCGCAUCCUAUGGACUCUCAACUACACAUUUGACGGAUCUUUCGACGGCCUUUUCUCUGCGCUGUCUAGCGGUUCAACUCUGUGCGUGGCCCCCCAGAACACCAUUGUCGCCAACCUAGCCAACUUGAUCAACACAAUGGAGGUUGACCGCGUCAACAUCACGCCAUCCAUGGGCACCCUCUUCGACCCAGACGACGUACCGCACCUCAAGGUCCUCAUGACUGGCGGCGAGGCCAUCUCGCUUCAUAUCCUAAACGUGUGGGCGCCGCGUGUGGUUGUCUAUAAUGUCUAUGGGCCGACAGAGGCUACCAUCUGCAUCAGCACCAGCACCGUGACGCCCGGGAUGAACCCUCGCAGCGUCGGCCGCAUUUUCAAGUCUACGCAUGCCGCCAUCCUCGACCCCGACACCAUGAAACCCGUGGCGGAUGGCGAAGUCGGUGAGCUGUGCGUAUCUGGCCCCCAGCUGGCGCGCGGCUACCUCAAGCGGCCUGACGCCACGGCCAAGGCGUUUCGCUUCGUCGGCGGCAAGAGAAUCUACCAGACUGGCGACCUGGCAAGGCUUCUACCAAGCGGCGAGGUCGAGCUUCACGGACGCAAAGACGGCCAGGUGAAACUCAAUGGCUACCGGAUCGAGCUGGGGGAGAUUGACGCCUCGAUCGUCAAAAGCGGCUCUUUCAAGACGUGCGUAACUGUGAUGGCCACCGUCCUGAAGAAGAAGCAAAUCGUAGCAUUUUGCUCGGAUGAGGAUGCACAUGCGGGAGAGGACAUCCUGCUACCCGCAGACAAGGCUAUUGCAGCCGACCACAUCACGGCGCGUCUCACGUCGCUGCCCAAAUAUAUGCUGCCCACUGUGUGGCUCCCGGUGGCGACUUGGCCGCUCACGCCCAACGGCAAAGUGGACAAGAAGCGGCUGCAACAGAUGGUCGAGGAGAUGCCGAUGGAUCGUCUGAAGCAAUAUCUCCCGCGCGAGGAAAAAACUGCUGUGUCGGGUGAGCAGGAGCUUGUCCUGCAAUCGAUAUGGGCCGACCUAUUCGAGGUCGCGGUGGAGAACAUUCAUGGCGGAACUACGUUUCAUUCUCUGGGAGGCGACUCCAUCUCUGCUCUCAAUCUUGCCGGUUUGCUGCGUAGGGAAGGCUUCGAUAUCAAAGUCAACGACUUGCUCUCCGCUCAGACGCUGCAGAUUCAAGCCAAGCUGUUGUCCGAGGAGCACAGGAUGCAAGACAAGGCAGGCGUGGUGCAAGAGCUGCCUAUAUAUGUACCAGGGCCAGAAAUCUACACGCGUCUCAAGGAGCUAGAUGUUGCAGAGCAAGAUAUUGAAGACAUCUACCCCUGCAGCCCUGGCCAGGUAGAGUUCCUCACGCAAGGCAACAAGAGAGAACAAUUCUGGCAGCUCAUGACUAUACGAGAACUUCCAAAAGAUCUGGGCUUUGCCCGCUGGGUCGAGCUGACGACGAUGCUCACAGCACGGAACCAGAUUCUGCGCGCGAUGUACGUCUACGGCGAGGAGGGCAACACGGCGACGGCGGUGCAAGUCAUCCUCAAGCAGCCAACUCUAAACCUGACCUAUCAGUCUUACGCCACAGAGGCCGAGUUCAAGGCUAUUGUCGAGGCGGAGUGGGAUCUUCGCUUCGAUCCGGCCAAGGCGUUUGUGCGGUAUACACUACUUACAAACUCGGCCACUGGCACCCGCCACAUUCUCAUCAAGCUGGACCACGCGUCGUACGACGGAACGCUGCUGCACAUUUUUGACGAUCAGUUCAAGGCUUUGAACCGAGGUGUUGCGCCCCGCCCCAGCACCGAGUUUCGCGACUUUAUCGGGCACAUUAGAGAGACGCCCAAGCAACCGCAGCUUGACUACUGGACGAGCCUGCUAAAGGACAAGAUAUUCGACUACCCCGCCCGUGCGACGAAUCCCAGGGUAUGCCGGUGGGAGCUGUCCAAGAUUGGCAAGGAGAUUGGCGUCGACGAGACUGCACAGGCUGCGGGCGUGACGGCGCCAAUUGCUUUCCAGACGGCGUAUGGCUUGCUUCUGGCGCACCUGAGCGGCUCCCCCCACGUCGUGUACAACAAUCUCGUGACGGGCCGCAACGUGCCGCUCGACAAUCCGCAGCUGAUUAACGGCAACUGCGCCAACUUUUUGCCGUUUGUGCACAGCGUCGACGACGCCAAGCCGAUGGAGGCGUUGCUGCAGGAAACGCAGGCGUCGUUUUGGCGGACGACGGAGAAUGGGCUCGUGUCGCUCGACGAGAUUUACGGCGCGCUGGGCGUGGACAGGGACGCGGCGGCGGCCAAGUGCCUAUUUUGCUUCCAGCCGUUUGAGCCGGUGGACACGACGGCGGCGAGCGGGCAGGACCACAUGCGGUGGAUCGUGAUGAAGAUGAGCCGCAACACGAUGCACUUUAACUAUGCGAUGCAGCUCGAGGUGGUCAAGGGCGCGAGCAAGGGCGAGUACGUUGUCAAGCUGGGGUUUGAUGAUGGCGUGUUUACGGUGGACGAGGCGAGGAGCGCGUUGGCGUGGUACGAGGAGUGCUUGAGGGGAAUGUCGGGGAAGGUGUAG